UGCCCCCUCCUACCCCUCCCACUCCACACCUCCCUGUUUGCCCGUGAGCCUGGGGAACUUGCAGCUUAAAGCCAGCCACCCCCACGGCAACAUGUACCCCAGCAACAAGAAGAAAAAGGUGUGGAGAGAGGAGAAAGAGCGCUUAUUGAAGAUGACCCUAGAGGAAAGACGCAAAGAAUACAUGAGGGAUUAUGUUCCCCUGAUCACUAUCCUAUCGUGGAAGGAGGAGGUAAAGGGCAAGAGCCAAAAUGAUGAAGAAAAUACUCAGGAAACAUCACAGAUGAAGAAAAAUUUGAAUGAAAAAGUUUCUCUCUAUAGAGGUGACAUCACAUUGCUAGAGGUAGAUGCUAUAGUCAAUGCGGCAAAUGCCAGUCUCCUUGGAGGAGGAGGUGUGGAUGGCUGUAUUCACAGAGCAGCUGGCCCCUGUUUGCUAGCUGAAUGUCGCAACUUGAAUGGCUGUGACACUGGACAUGCAAAAAUCACGUGUGGCUAUGACCUGCCUGCAAAAUAUGUCAUCCAUACUGUAGGGCCAAUAGCAAGAGGCCAUAUUAAUGGUUCCCACAAGGAAGACCUUGCAAAUUGCUAUAAAUCAUCUCUAAAGCUGGUGAAAGAAAAUAACAUCCGAUCAGUUGCAUUUCCCUGCAUUUCAACAGGCAUUUAUGGUUUUCCAAAUGAGCCUGCUGCAGUGAUUGCCCUCAGCACCAUUAAGGAAUGGCUGGCCAAGAACCACCAUGAGGUGGAUCGAAUCAUCUUCUGUGUCUUCUUAGAAGUCGACUUCAAAAUCUACAAAAAGAAAAUGAGCGAGUUUUUCCCUGUAGGUGAUGGUGAAGAAGAAGAUGUUGACAUGAAAGAAGAUUCAGAUGAGACUGGUCCAGAGGAAAAACAAAGUGCAGAAGAAAUGGAAGGGCAGAGCCAAGAAGCAGGUGGUGGUGGUGCGGCUGCUGCACACAGCCCUGCUUCAGAAGAGGCAGUUGAAGUCUAUAGAGAUGAAGAUUCUGCAAAAAAUGACAAUAUAACAAAGAUCAGUGAAGAAACAAAUCAUUCUGUGUGUGACCAAGAUCAUCCAAGUGGACAAGAGAGCGAUUCAGUGAAGAAUGAAAUAAAAAUCGAGGCAGAAUCACAGAAUUCAUACAUGGAAACAGCGGAGCUUGCGUCAAACCAAGAAGAUGCCAUGAUUGCGGAGCAACCAGAAGUGAUUCCAUUAACAGAUGACCAAGAAGAAAAAGAAGGUGAAAAAGCUCAAGGCAAGGACACGCCUAGAGUUUCUGUGAAAAACCAAGGUUCCCGUGACACAGAAAACUCCACAGGUCCUGAUGUUGAAAUGAUUAGUCAGGUUGACAGUGUAAAUGACCCAACAGAGAGUCAGCAAGAUUAACUAAUAGGGGCACAAGAUGAAGCAAAGGAACAAGGAAAUGAAGUAAAUGCCAG